AGUUCUACUCGCGUCAUCCUUCGGCAAACUCGCUCACGUGUCGCUUGGUGCAGUUGUUGGUGCAAAUCAGUUCUCUCAUCAGAAGAAAAUUACCACCGGACAACUUGACACACGAUUGUUUAACCAACUGCCGAUGCUUAACAACACUAACCGCCAUUAAUCUCGAUUUGAUAUUGUGGAAUCUCUAACACCAUGCAAUAAUAUGUGCCUGCCUGAGAUCGAACGAUGAUGAUCGUGUGCUGAGUGGCGUUGCGUGUCUUCGCGUCGUGGCGCGACACCGGCGCGGCGAUGCGGCCGGACGCAUGAUGUACCCGAUGGUGCAACGACAGCCGCCGCAUCAGCAGCCGCAUCCACAACAACCGCUGGAAGCACGCUCGAGUUCGCCAGUACAACCGGAUCCAGGCAGGCCACAGCCGCAACCGGACGCCGUCGCACAAGACCCCGAACGCCAGGACGAUCAGGAGGAGCAGGAGCACCAUCAUCAUCAUCGCCAUCGUCGGCGGCCGCUCAUCCGACGCGUGUUCAACUAUGUGCGUGAGGCCUGGACCGGUGUGAAGUCAGCGCUAGAUUCCGAAUUAGAAGAUUUGGAAACACCGCCGCGAUAUCGACCCGACAGUUUAGAAUCACUCUGCAAGGCGACGCGUUUCACGCAGGCAGAAAUCAAACGCAUUUAUCGCGGAUUCAAAGCCGAAUGUCCGACGGGUGUCGUCAAAGAAGACACCUUCAAGAUGAUUUACGCGCAGUUCUUUCCACAAGGAGCUAAUUCCAGCCAAUAUGCCCACUACGUCUUCAAUACACUGGAUCAAGAUCAUAGCGGCCUCAUAAGUUUUGAGGAUUUCGUGCAAAAUUUAUCCAUCCUCUCGCGUGGUUCACUGGAGGAGAAACUUCGCUGGGCAUUCACAUUGUAUGACAUCAACGGGGACGGCUGCAUUACGAAAGAAGAAAUGACCGACAUUGUCACUGCCGUAUACGAACUUAUGGGCAAGCUGGCCGAGCCGAGCAUCGAAGAAGACACUGUCAAGGAAAAAGUCGAUAAAAUUUUUCAGAAAAUGGAUAAAAACCAAGAUGGUGUCGUGACGCUGGACGAAUUCCUCGAGUGUUGCCAAAUGGACGGUGACAUUUCGACUUCGAUGGCGGUUUUCGAUUCGUCCUUCUGACGUUCGCCGGUCGGCGCUCGUCCACCGCCGUCGUGGACAUGAACGUCGACUGCUCGCUCAUCAUCGACCAAAAAAACAAAUAUAAGCCAGCCAACCAAAUCUUAAAAUCUAUAGCGUCGUCGCUGAGGUGUGAAACGCACGAUAUUUGCUUGCGAUCGUCUCGCCAUCGAUAACCGUAAGUCUUCAGCGCGCUCCGCUGAAAUGCGGCAAAAAUGCAAAGCGGAAUAAGUCGAAUGCAGCUGUGAUCUAGGGUAUUAUAUGAAUCGCAUGCAAAUUUGCUACCCCCGCCUCCAGCAGGGUUUCAAUCAAAUUUGCAAUUAUGCGCUUUCGGCAUUGCGAACGGCGCAAACGUUUCGGAAAUUUUCGAGCGCCGGGUGGAAACAAAUAUUUACUUAAUCAAUAGGCAUACAUUUUAAGAGAGCAUUUCAUCUCGUGCUCCAACGGUGACACGCAAUUGCACUGCGUGGGCCAAUAAAAAUUUCAUUGUGGAUUUGCCGGUGAACAUUCCCACCGACCAAAAAAUUACAACGCAAUUAAUCUUCCACGCGCACAUUUACGCUAUUCUCUUGCAAGACUUGCCCUGAUAGCAAAAUCGAAUAUUUUAGAAUUUUAAAUGUUUAUUCAACUCAGUGUCUGCCCCACGCUUCAAAAUAUAUUUAGAUCAGAAAACAAUCUCUUAAAACUUUCAUGGAACAAUGUCAUAUCGAUUCUGAUUAUGAUUUAUUUCCCAAUUUGAAUGUGCAAACAUUUGAUCUUCGUUCUAGAGAAUGAUAUUAUUGUUAUAGCAAUGUGUAUAGAGAACCAGAUAGAUAUUUUAUGAAGAACUAAUAUUUCUCAUGUUACUCUUCCUAGAAGUCUUAAUCAAAACAAAACACUUUUUUUGCCUACACAUAUCCAGAAUUUAUAUAAAGAAAAACAAACGAACUGUUCUACGAAAAUGUUGUUCUGAUUUAUAUUUGCUAGAUGUUGUUAAAAACUACGACUGUUUGAAAUUCAUAAUGAAUCAAAUCGCAAACGAGCAAAGGUGAAAAGAAAGAAAAUUUAUCGAACGUUGGAACUAAAAUAUUUAAUAUAAAUGGCGACAAUAUAAAUUUAUUACCCAAAUCAUGGUCGAAUUUGGUUUAAGUGUAUUACUGAAUUACUGUGUGAACAACACUAAACGAGUGCCAAAAAUAAAUGCAUAUAAAUUGACAAAACCAAUUAAAAAUAACGCUAAGUUAUUGCCGUGAAAAUCAUUCAUAUUUAACGUGUAAUUCAAAUUAUAAAACGAAACUAAUAAAGAAUAAAUUUAAAUAAAAUGAUUUAAACAACAUGGUCAGUGUAAAUAUUCGUUAUAACUAUUAAUGUUGUAAUACUAUUAAAGAGAAUGUAAACCUAUAGAUUUAUGUAUAGAAAAAUAUAUUAUUAUAAAUAAUA